AGAAAAAAAAAAUGCGUUUGUACAAAGGGCCCUUAGAAUUCAACGUUUUUGAACAAUACAUGGAGGGUCAAUAAAACACAACACCACGUGGGCGGAAGGGGCCUUUUAGUCAUUUUAGAAAAACUAGAGGCGUGCCGCUCCACCGCCCUCGAGACACGUUCCACCUUACAUUUUCACAAACACGAAAAGCCUUAUAUUAGUUGAAAAUACGAACCCUCUAGAACUCUCUAUAUUACCAUACCAAAACCCUCCCACCACUCUGAACCAUUCUCCUAUUUGUCGCCGCCAAACUUUUCAUUGUUAUUCGUGUGUAUUGUAAGCCGUAGAAAUGGCAUCGUUCGGAGAAGCGCCACCAGGUAAUCCUAAAGCCGGAGAAAAGAUCUUCAAAACUAAGUGCGCUCAAUGUCACACCGUCGAUAAAGGAGCUGGUCACAAACAAGGACCCAACUUGAACGGGCUCUUUGGAAGACAAUCUGGUACAACUCCAGGUUAUUCGUACUCUGCUGCAAACAAAAACAUGGCUGUGAACUGGGGAGAGGAUACAUUAUAUGACUACUUGCUCAACCCUAAGAAGUACAUUCCCGGGACAAAGAUGGUUUUCCCUGGUUUGAAGAAGCCACAGGAGCGGGCAGAUCUCAUAGCGUAUCUCAAGGAAGCAACUGCAUGAAGAUCUUGUUGGAAAAGUUAUAAUAGUUUUGCUAGUGGUCAGGAGUUGUCCAUUGGUAGCUUUCACAUUUUUAUAUUUUGCAAGGCAAUACUUUGUCUGUUUAAAUAAAACCACAUACGGUGUCAUCAAUUCUUCUGGUUGAACUAAGCCAGUCUUAGGGGAAUUUUGUCGAGAGAGUUUGUCAUUGAUUGCCACAUAAAAUCUUUACGCUUUAUGUGACUGACUGUACCGGUUCUUUGUUAACCAGUUUAUUUUUUGGUCUA